CAGUGAGCUCUCUGUCCGCAGCACAGGAUCAUCAUUAGAGGAGCGUGUCGAGGGGGCGAUAGCAUCAAUGCACUAACAACUGGGGUAAUAAGUAUGCAAAUCGGAAUCCACAAACACGUUUUCACCAAAUACACAUUUGAGCUCUACACCGGAUACGAGGAUGAGGGUGACAGAUGACUUACUGACGAAGAAAAAAAGACAACAAACGUAUUAAAACAACACAAACAAACAAAUAAAAUCGGUUUUAAAACUGCGUAAGAGAUGCUAAAGUUGAAAAGGCAAACAGCCAAUCACGCCACCUGAAGUUAAUAUGAAGGCGCGUAAAUGGAUACGCGCGCGAGCCCCUCACAGCUUCCCCACCUGAACGUUGUAGAUCCAGAUGCUGAUUGGUGACCCCCACCCAUAAAGAGAGACAACACAAAGAAGAGAGAGAGGGAGGAUGAUGUGUAUUUUGCCUGCAGCAAUGUGUGAGACAUCUGACCUGCCGGUGUGAUCAUAAAGGAUCUAUAUGUAAGGAGGUUCAUGAGUUUGUUCUGAAGAAUUUGUCCUUCCGGUUUAAGGGCUCCAAGCGACAGGCCACAUGGUUUAGAGUGGAGCUGGAGGAGUCUCUCGGUCUGAAAGCGGCCUGAAAAGAAGGACAGAAUCCAGAGGAGCCGAAGAGCAGCUGGAGCUCUCUAUGAGGAGUUUAAAGGGAAGGCGUCCUGCAAAUGAAUCCUCACUGAACUUCCCCCAACUUUCCAGCACAUACCAGACUGAGCGCUGUAAGAUUUCAGCCAGAGACAUUGCUCCAUCUGAACACAAGAGCAGCCUACAAUCUUUACAUGACAGACGCUGACCCCUGUGACCAGAGCUCUGAGUUAAAACCAUCUCUCAGGAAGGCCACACUUUAUCAGUCUCAAACCAGUUAAGAUUCUGGAGAGGUUUAUCCUCCCCUUAUCCGAGGGGAAACCACGGAGUCAAUGGCGCUGUGUCUUGGACAAGUGUUUAGCAAAGACAAAACAUUCAGGCCGAGGAAACGCUUCGAACCGGGUACCCAGCGCUUUGAACUAUACAAAAAGGCGCAGGCCUCGCUCAAGUCCGGCCUGGACCUGAGGAAGGUGGUUCAGCUGCCAGAGGGAGAGAACCUCAAUGACUGGAUUGCUGUUCAUGUGGUGGAUUUCUUUAACAGGAUCAACUUGAUAUAUGGCACAAUAAGCGAGUUCUGCUCGGAGCGCUCAUGUCCCAUCAUGUCAGGGGGGCUGAGGUACGAGUACAGGUGGCAGGACGGAGAAGACUACAAAAAGCCCACCAAGCUGCCAGCAAUCAAAUACAUGAACCUACUGAUGGAUUGGAUAGAGUCUCUCAUCAAUGAUGAGGACAUCUUCCCCACCAGAGUAGGCGUACCUUUCCCCAAGAAUUUCCAGCAAGUAUGCAAGAAGAUCCUGAGCCGCCUCUUUAGGGUGUUUGUGCAUGUUUACAUCCAUCACUUUGACAGCAUCUGCAGCAUGGGGGCUGAAGCACACAUCAAUACCUGCUACAAACACUACUACUACUUCAUCUCAGAGUUCAACCUCAUUGACCACUCAGAACUGGAGCCACUGAAAGAGAUGACGGAGAAGAUAUGCAAUUAAACAAAACCACAUGGACAAAGGAGUUUACAUGGUGAUGUAAUCUGAGCCCCGUGAGAAAUCAGCAGCUUCAAAACGCUCAGAGCAAAGAACGUGACCACAUAAACUUGUAUGAGUGAUUUUUUUUGCUGAACUUGAAAUGUCCAUUAUCAAAUUUCCUAUGAAGAGACAGACUUUUUUUUCCAUACGAUAACUGUGGUGCUUAAUGCCAUCAUUUUAUGACUGUGUACUGGUUUAUAAUAUACUAAGUCCCCUGUACCCAUGGUUCUUUUUCCUGUUGCAUAUGCAUGAUAUUCAAUAUGCAUUGUAGCAUUUUAUUUUGUCAUAAGGAGUUUGUUUUUCAUGUGAUGUCAAUCUUUAAUUGUAACAAUGAAGAGUGUUUAAAGAGACGUUUACUUUUUUUCCCAUUACACCUCAAAAAUACAUCCAAAUACACCGUAUCACAGCUUUAUUUUUGUGAUCAAAAUGAACAGCGAAUUUAAUAUUUGCUGAUAAUGUUCAGUCUGCUACACCAACUGAGUUUAUGCCAAAACCAAUGCAGAAAGAAGUAUACAGUGCAUUCAGAAAGUAUUUAGACCCCUUUCACUUUUUCAUUGUUUUGUUUCAUCCUAAAGCUACAGUGGAAAAAAAUAUAUGUUUAUUCUCAUUAAUCUACACUCAGUACCCCAUCAUGACAAAGUGUAAACAGAAUUUACAGAAUCUUUGCAAAUGUAUUAAAAAGCUGAAAUAUCACAAUGCCACAAGUAUUCAGACCCUUUGCAACGCCACUUAAAAUUUCACUCAUGUUUCCCCCAUUUCUCUUGAUGUUUGCUAAGAUGUUUCUCCACCUUAAUUGGAGUCCACUUGUGUUACUUAAAAUAAAUUGACUGGACAUGAUUUGGUAAAGCACAUACCUCUCUAUAGAAGACCUAACAGCUUACAUUGCAUAUCAGAGCAAAGACCAAACCAUGAGGUCAAAGGAACUGCCUGCAGAGCUCAGAGACAGGUUUGCUGCAAGGUGCAGAUCUGCAGGGAGGUCCG